UUUAUUUCUUGACUUUCUUUCUUAAUUGUGGUGAUAAAUAAAAAAUUCGCUGCUGCAGAUCAAGCGUCUUAGUUUUAUUUGUUAUUUGUUGUUUGAAAGUUUACCACAAAAAUGUCCUUGCCAAUAGGUAGUGUUGUCGGACCUUUUUCAGCAGAAGUUGCAAUACAACUAGCAUCUGGAAAUAACGUGAUUGCAAGUUGGGAACAUAUCUCUGAUCCGUCGCUAUUAGCGAGUUCAUUGUUCUUGCAGCCCGAUUGUGACGUUUCCUAUCCUGUCGACCUUCAUGCGCAAGAGAACAUCUCCGUUAUCCCAGUGGCCGAUGAAGGCGACAGCUUAGACAGUGAUCGUAUGUUUCUCGAAGAUUCAGCGAUGCCAGCACACAGUGAAAGCGGACUACCGCGUGACGAGGAGGAACCUCUUAGUGCUGCAACGAGUUUAACCCAAGAAGGUUUUGUUGGAACCCCGGAUUAUGACGCUCCGCCAAAACGCGGGAGGAAGAAGUUGCCUCUAACGAAGAAAGGCCAACAAAAACUGGAAAAGCAGCAAAAGAAACUGGAAAUCGAUAAAGAAAGGGAGAAUUCGCUGUGUGCUAAGUAUCAGGUUGUGAUUGAAAAUAAUCCUUGGGAAUUUAAAAGGAAUUCUGUUCCUUUUGUUGCGCGCUGGAACAAAAUCGUCGGUAUCCUGAAAGAACGUAAACUCUUGGAAAAUAUUCCAAAUGCCAGCAAGCUGUUUCAAAACCAUGUUUCCAAAGCACUCGAGAAGUUUUACAAAGUCUUCGUCAAGCGCCCGACGGGAACCGAACCACCGGCAAUGGAUGAUAAAGAUCAGCUGCUCUUAGAAAUUUACCAGCUGAAGAAGUCUGGACCUGUUGGAGAGGGGAUUAACCCCGGAGCGGAGGACCGCAGGCGUGGCUUGGAGAAACGAACAAUGGCAAGGCGAACCCUGGGCAUGUCUACAGCUAACAAAGUCAGCGAUCUGCUGGCAGAUGAUGAGGAUAUUCUAGAUUAUAAUUCCGAUGAGCGAAUCUGCCUGCGUGAGGAAGCUGAAGCUACCGGGCUGGUUGGGCGUCUAAAUCGAAAAGAAAGUUUUGAGCUUGACAUUGAUGGUCCGUUAUGGAGAAACAACGCUGUCGUCUCGAGCAGCAAGUCAAACGGCAAAGUCAUGUUUGUGCACAAGCGGAAGGGGAAUCUCCCGGAAAGAAGCGGAAACCCGCGAGGAGGCUGCUGUUUCGGAUAACGCAGCCGAAGAUUCCUACAGGGUCAUUGACGAAAUGAAUGUGGAUGAUGGUGACAAAGACUUGCAGUAUGACCUCAAUGCAUCCGGCUCUCCAAAAUCAUCAGACGAAACUCAAGUUUCAAAAAAGAGGGAGAAUCUCCCGAAAGCGGCUAUCCGCGGCAAAAAGAGAGACAUGGUGGAUGCGGUUAUGAAAUUUUCCGAGUCUGCAAAAGAAGCCGCAGAUAUGCAAUGGAAGCAGUGGUUGUCAGAACAAAAGCAGAUGGAGUUUGAUCGGGCGCUGGAAAGAGAACUCCAAAAGCAAAAGUUUGAACUGGAAAAAGAACGCAUACGAAUGGAAGCAGAAAGAAUGCAAAAAGAAGAAGAAGCACGAGAUAAAGAUAGAAAGUUAGAUCUAGAGAAACACUUGGCUUCUUUGAAUGUUAUUCGAGAUGCUUUAGGUCUUUUCGCUAAAACAACCUCCGCCAAAAAGACCGGCGAAACAUCUUUUGAGAAAGGAGGCGAAACAUCU